AUGGCAGAGAAGCUAGGCAUAGCUGGAGCCUUGCAGCGCCCUACUACUUCAAUCAUCUUUGGAGAUGCAACUACUAAGUCUCCUCUUGGAGUGUUCAAGAAUUAUCACUUGAAAAUUGGAGAAUGCAUCAUCCAAACUGAUCUCACUGUGAUGGAAAUGGAAGAAGAGAAGGAUUUGCCUCUUAUUGGGAACCCCUUUCCUUAUACCAAUCUCAGUUCUAAGAGUCAUGGAGCUACAAAGGUUGUGAAGGAAAGGGUUGACAAGGAACCAAGAGUUGGGAAGGAUAAGGAUGAGAGAGGACCAAGGAUUGAGAAGCCACGUCUUGAGAGGGCUAGAGUUGAGAAACCAGAUUGA